CAAGAAACGGAUGUCGUACGUGGAAUUAAACAACACACAGAAAACCCAAAAAGUCAAACGAUAGCUGAAUGACGUAUCAAAAAGAACAAUCAAGCCCUGAAAUCCGUAUUUUUUACAUCCGCCUUAUGGGUCUCUGUCACUCUCCAGCAAGCUUUCACACCUCUGAUAGAAAAAAAAAGUUUAUGGACAGCUCCUUCAUUCUUCCUCGAUUCUCCCUACAUGGAUCAUAGCAGAGAUGAAGAUGAAGCUCAGUUACUCCAUGAAGCUGACUUUCUUUUUGACGUGUGCCGGAGCAGUCUUGGGCCUCAUUUUCUAUGUACAUGUCCAGGAGCACCUCCUCUGCUUUACAUGCAGCACUGGGUCACUGGAGUCUAGUGACAAAAAAGAGGAUGUCUACCAAACAAUUCUUGCCAGGAAAAAACCUAACAGUGAUUCACCAAAUACCCAGAGAGUUCUUGCCUCAACCAGCUCAGCAGAAGGCAAUCACUUUAAGGCUACAGUCACAUUGGUCACAGCCAGAAUGACCUCAUCUAGAAGGGCUUUGUCAAGUUUGGGGGCAUCCAAUUACAGCUUAGCAACUACACACAAGGCAAAGCUUUCAACCCUCUCACCGUACCUGGGAGACAUGUAUGCCAAAGACGAUGUGCACUGCUCCAGCACCAUUCGACAGAAGUUCUCCAAGUCGAUAUUCAGAGACACGUACUUAGAGAUGGUCCCAGUGUUGCAGGGGUGGAAACACUUUAGCAGAGCGGAAUACCAACGUCUGAGGCAGUACAAUGGAGCACAUGGCUGGAAUGUCGUUCCCUACAACAUUCUGAACGAGACUCUUGCCCUCCUCAACAGCAGUGCCACUUGGAAUAUGUUUCACGAGCACAAUGGUGAGAACUGCAAGCCUGUACGUUGUGCAGUAGUGGGGAAUGGUGGAAUACUGAAGGACUCCAAAAAAGGUUCAGAGAUUGACCAGCAUGAUUAUGUCUUCCGUACAAAUGGGGCUGUAAUCAAGGGAUUUGAAGAGGAUGUUGGCAACAGGACCUCAUUCUACUGCUUCUCGACAAACACAAUGAGGAACUCCAUGAUGUCGUAUUAUCAUCUGGGGUUUUCUGGUCCCCCACGGUCUGGGGAAACCAAAUACAUUUUCCUGCCAGAUCAUGAUAGAGACUACAUUCUUCUGCAUGCAGCCGUGAAAAACAUCCCCAUCACAAGAGGACGAGAAGCAUCUAAUCAGCCACCACGUUACUUUGGAAAAAAUGUUACAGUGGAAAAAUUCAAGAUGUUCCAUCCAGAUUUCAUUCGCUACAUUAGAAACAGGUUCUUACAAAGCAAGAUCUUGAAAUCUAGGCAUAAGGACUUGUACCGGCCUUCGACUGGUGCAGUCAUGUUAUUGGCUGCUGUACACACUUGUGAUGAGGUGAGUGCCUACGGUUACAUGACUCCUGAUUUUGAAAAAUACUCGGACCAUUAUUAUGACAAGCGAAAAACAAAGGUGAACUUCUACAUCAAUCAUGACUUUAAGAUGGAAAUGAAUCUCUGGCAGCUGCUGCACAAGGAAGGCAUAAUCAAACUGUACAUGAGACAGGGAGAGAGACUUUCUGGAGGUGCUGGGACAACAAAUCACACUCUCUCCUAAACUCACCCAUCUGAGGUUUUGAAUGAUUACUUUUCUUAAAUUUCUUGGUGGUAUUUAUUUUUAUGUAUUGAGGUAAGCACCUCUCCAGCUCUACCAGAAAAAGCGGAAGAUUAUGGUCUUGCCUCUGCUGCACACGUAAGCCAUUAUUAAACAUCAUGGAGGGCAUCAAGGACCUUGGUAGGAGAUAUGCACUAUAAAUUAAAAGGACAUGGUGGUGCCAGUACAUCUCUGUUGAUAAAAUCAAAUAAGCAUUUUACAUACCUGUACGUGGUAGCGUGGAUUGAUUUUAACCCAUGAAAUUUUAUAGUUCACUUUUUCCAAGAUGUUGUCAUUAGGGUAAUCAGUGGUUUUAAGUGUGUGGUCAUGUCUAUAGCAUUCAAAUUGUGUUUGUAUAUUCUUUUUUUUGUGUGUGUCUUUUCUUUUAAUUUCACAGUUUUUUCAACGCUCAACUGUUUCUGUGGUCUUUUUUAAUUAACGUAGUGGACAUGCGGAGAGCUGGUGAACUGUUGGCUGUAGUGCCAUGGAAUGCAAUACUGUGUUUAUUUAAUUAAAUUUACAAGGACUUGGUAUUGUGUCUGGCAUAACUGCUUCACAGUUUCAAGGGCACAGACUCAUUCUCUGUAGGGUUUGCAUGUUGUCCGCAUGUCUUCAGGGGUUUCCACAGAUCUGUUUAUCUCUAGUAUCCCAUACACCUGAUAAUUGAGGUAAUUGGUUCUUGUAAACUGUUUAGGUAUGAUCAAGACUGAGUGUGUGCAUACAUUUACCUUGACUGGCCUUGUUCUGCUAGGAUAAUCUUCUCGAGGUCCUGGUUUGGACUGAUUUGGUUAUAUAAAUGGAAGGAAGACCGUUAAAAAUUAUAUAAUACUACAACCAAACACAUUGUCUUUGUUUUUGCAAGUUCAAUACAGCUUUUUAACAAACAGCAUUAUUUAUUAUGGUGUAGGAGGUCAUGACACAGUAAGUUAACAGUAGAGAUUGAAUUAGAAACCUUGUGUGUCAAACCUUGUUCAAAUAGGCUAAAUCUACAUUAUGGUUGAGAGCCUCAUUGUUUCAGUGACAACUGUUUUACAAUAAAGAGCAGAUGUGUGUAUUUGGA